AUGGGAGGCGCCUACUGGUCCCAGCCGCCCAUGACAUACCUCAACUGCGGCGCAAUAACAAACACAACCAACCUAGAGCUCGUCUACCGCGGGAGCAACUCGGGCCCCGUCAGCUGCCAGCGGCGCUGCAACGCGCUCCCCCGCAAGUACGCCGUCAUCUACGACAACGCCUGCUGGUGCUCGCUGCCGGGGACGGACGUGGCGCUGGCCAACACGCCGCCGCAGGGGGGGAUGUCGUGCAACCAGAUCACCUGCCAGGAACAGACCCAGGGCGGGCAGCUCCCGUACGCCGAGUUCUGCGGCGGGACGACGUCCGUCGUCCAGGGCAAUCAGACGACUACCUACACGAUGUAUUCCGUGUACAGCUCCACGACGCCGUCUUACCUCGACGACGACGACAACUGGGCCGUCUGCAACGAGUUCGAGCAGUUCGUCGUCGAGCUCUGCUGGAACGUCGACAUCGUCGACUUCUACUUCGGGUUUUUCCACAACAUCUUCGUCGGAUCUCAGAACCACGACUACGUCACCAACGUCAAGUUCAAGUCUUACUACUACUUCCACCGGGACAAGCACCACAACACCGAGUGCUUCAACCUCGGGCACGUCGACAUCCACCUCAACCUCCAAAGAACCCGCUUCAUCUACUUCGACAUCAACGAGUGCGAGCCUGAGCACAUCCACUUCAUCAGCCAGUUCCGGCCUGGGCACGUCGACAUCCACGUCAACUUCGGAGACCACCGCCUCGGAAACAUCCGCCUCGUCUACCUCGGCACCCGAGAGCGCUGGUUCAAGCACACCCACGUCCCCGGAAACCUCGACUUCAACAUCCCCGAGCUCCACCACACCAGAAACGCCCUUCUCCUCCUCCUCCUCCUCCGCCUCGCCAGCAAGCACCGACUCCCCGACCAGCCCAGUACCAUCCACAAGACCCUCACUGCCCAUGACCCCCUUCUUCCCAAACACAUCCUUCACAACACGCUCACCCACCCUCUCCAACCCAACCACCAGCACCACCACUGCGAACCUCUUCUCCUCGCCUCUCUUCUCCCCGCCUCCCACCUCCCUCAUCCCCACGACCUCCAGCGGGCUCAUCAUCACCUCACAAAACGGACCAUCAACCACCCUCUCAUCAAGCAGCAACUUCCUCACUUCCUCGCCAGGAACCUCCGUCUCCGGAUCGCAAUCCCAAAACACGCCAGGAACGAGCCGGGUCCCAGGCACAUCGACGUCGUCCACGGCCACGGCCGCGACGAGGAGUCCCAGCGCAGCGUCCGCAAGUGCGAGUUUCCUCCCAGGAGAGUUCAUCCUGGCGGUGAGCCCCGCGUCGAAUGGCCAGACUUUGAUCUUCGCCUUUUAGACCAGACGACGUUAUUAUUUCGUCGCUGUAAAUGCACAAUCAUACAUGAUAGAAGUUCAUAG